AUGGUCUCCACGAACCCGCCGCCGCCGCCGGCGCUGUCCGAGGCGGCCGCCGCCGUGUCGGGCGACGACGCCAGCAAGAAGGUGCGGAAGCCCUACACCAUCACCAAGUCGCGCGAGAGCUGGACGGAGCAGGAGCACGACAAGUUCCUCGAGGCCCUGCAGCUCUUUGAUCGUGACUGGAAAAAGAUAGAAGCUUUUGUUGGUUCGAAGACUGUCAUCCAGAUAAGGAGCCAUGCACAGAAGUAUUUUUUGAAGGUUCAGAAAAAUGGAACCAGCGAACAUGUCCCACCUCCACGACCAAAGCGUAAAGCUGCCCACCCAUACCCUCAGAAGGCCUCCAAAAAUGAGCCAGGAUAUGCCCUGAAGACAGAUCCAUCUGCCAUGCUUAGAAACUCAGGAAUGAACGUGGCUGUUUCUCCAUGGACCCACAAUUCUAUCCCACCAGUUGUCGCCUCAUCUUUCAUGAAAGAAGAUUUAGGUGCUGGGUCUAUGGGUCCAAACAUUUUUUGCUCAAGCAGUAGUGAAGGCCCUCCAAGGGCAUGGCAAUCUGGUGAAACCAAUGACCAGAUAAAUCAAGUUCCAUCACUCCGCAUUAUGCCAGAUUUUGCACAAGUAUACAGCUUCUUAGGCAGUGUUUUCGAUCCAAGCACAAAGGGCCAUUUGCAGAAACUGAAGGAGAUGAAUCCAAUUGAUGUUGAAACGGCACUGUUGUUGAUGAGAAAUCUCUCCAUCAACUUGACCAGUCCUGAUUUUGAAGAUCAAGCGGUCAGUUUCAGAUGUUUAACUCCUUAUUUGGUCAGUAGCAGAAGUUAUUUCUUUCAUAUAAAGAAACUGCGCAGGAUUUCAACAGCAUGCUCGUGUCUUCUUGAACUUGGGUGUCUCUUCACACACUGUGCUUCUAUCAGGGUUUGCCCAAUUGCCAUGGUUUCUGCCUUGAGGAAGUUGCUGUCUUCGUACAAUUCCACCUCUGAUGAGCUAGAGCUAGGGAGCUCCAGAAGCUCACUUCUUACGGAUAGUGCAUUGAGCCUUUUUUGA